GGGAAGAACACAAUUAUAAAAACAUAGUACAAACAUAAGAAUAGAGAAUAUAUAUAAAUAUAAUGUGAUCGUCCGUGGCUGAUACCAGAGCAUCGAGAAACGUGCAUAAAGAGGUGGAACUUUAUUACAAAGCAAAGCGGAAUUGAAUCAACACACGCAGACGCAACUCUCUCGUGUUAAUCUCAUCAAUCGUCGAAAACCUUAGCUAAAUCUACAAACCAAAGAAGAGAGAGAGAGAGAGAGAGAGAAAAUGUACGUGGAUCACGCAUUCUCGAUUUCAGAUGAGGACAUAAUGAUGGACACACCGUACACCGUCAGCAACAAGCCACCCACCAAGGAGAUCGCCCUCGCCGUCGCUCUCCUCGUCUUCGGAACCCUAGGCAUCAUCAUCGGUUCCCUCAUGGCCUACAAUCACGUCGGCGGCGACACCGCUCACGGCCUCUUCUUUGCGAUUCUGGGAACAGUCUUGUUCAUACCGGGUUUCUACUAUACGCGAUUUGCAUAUAAUGCUUACAGGGGAUACAAAGAUUUCUCUUUCUCUAACAUACCUCCCAUAUAGCUAACUUACCUCUCUCUCUCUCUCUUUUCUUUUUAUUUUGUCUCACUAAUGUAUAUUUAUAUUGCUUGCAUUGCUCUAAACAAGAUUCUUUAUUACUGCUGAGAUUUUGUUUUACUCAAUCGAUCUUCCUUCGUGCUCUGAAAUUUCCAUUACUGGAUUCUCAUAGUUGAAUGUUUCCAUGCAUAUUGAGUCUCUGUUGAGCGUGCAGAAGAUCCCCUUGUAAUUGUUGAUUAUGCAAAUUUUGGUGAGUUAAGAAAGUUGCAUCAGUUGAUUUAAAACUACAAGGAGUUUUCUGCACGACCAAUUUAGUUGGAGGCAGGUUAUUGUAUUUCAAGUUUUCAACACUAACAAGAAGUUGUGGGGAUUGCAUCCCAACCUUCCCCUCUCUGCACAUGGGAACUACGGGCAUCAAAAGAUUCAAAAUUACUUCAACUUGUGUCUCACUUGUAGGAGCAUGAAGUUUUAAAUUGAGUCUAAUAACAGUCAUGAUUUUAAAUUGUGAGAAAUUGCAGUUGAUGCAGCUGCAAUUGUGUUGUGAUGACGGGCGAGUAAAGAAAACCGUUUUGCAAUUGCGAUUGUAGACUCCAAUUUAAAACCAUGAUAACAGGUAAUUGCAUCUUUUCCCGUUUGAUAAAUGAUAAGAGGGUAUGAUUGGAACCUGCAUAUGCCUCCUGUUUACAUAUGUACAUGCACUGUCACUUACAUUCCAGAUGCAGUCACAAUUUCAUCAUGAUCUUUGAUGUUAUGAGAAACUUUCUGUAAUUGCGAUUUGCGAAGAAUCCAAAAACCUUGAUGUUGUGAUUAAAAUUGCAGUCAGACCAUUUUUUAGAACUUUGUGAAAGGAUUUGAUUUAAUUACUGUGUGGAAUGUUUAACAGUUUGACUGCAGAUAGCGACAACCAAUGUAUGGGAUCUUCAGAUUCUUUCUGAAGAUUUGUUAUGGGGAUUCCCUUUGGGCAUGUUUAAUGUUAUUAUUCCUUUUUUAGUUUGCUUGAUUUUAGAUUUAUAUGCUCAGGCAUGGAAACAAUGGCAUUAGUUUUUCCUAUUGAUCUGCCUUCUGCAUCUUGGAUUAUUCUUUUGAAUACUAUUCAUGAGAUAGUACUAAAUUCUCUUGACAA